GGGGAAGUUCACUGGUGGAGAAUGAAAUCUAUGAUGCUGUCACCGGGAGUGAAAAAUUAUAUCUUGACCGACAUUAGGUAGAUAUUUAGAGUGAGAGAAGAGAGAGAUUGAGAUCUGAAAAUCGAGAUCUGUGUAAACCGAAUGAACCUUCUCUUCUCCACCUAAUCUCCGACUCGAAAUUCUCCACUCACUCAAGCAUGGCUUCCAAGUUGUUAAUGAUCACUGUGUUUAUAUUUGAUCUAAUUGCUUUUGGUUUGGCGAUUGCAGCCGAGCGCAGAAGAAGCACUGCAAAGAUUGAGAGCGAUGCAGAACAGAAGUUUGAUUACUGCGUGUAUGCAUCUGACAUUGCGACUGGGUAUGGAGUCGGUGCCUUGUUAUUGGUCAUGGCUAGUCAAGCUCUUAUCAUGGUGGCCAGCCGUUGCUUCUGCUGUGGCAAGCCUCUCAAUCGUGGAGGUUCACGCUCCUGCGCUCUUUUCCUCUUCUUCAUCUGCUGGGUGUCAUUUUUCAUAGCAGAGGUACUCCUGCUGGCUGGUUCAGUGAGGAAUGCUUAUCACACCAAGUACAGAUCGUCCUUCCGAGGAACCACACUGUCCUGUGAGACAGUGCGGAAGGGCAUUUUCGCUGCUGGAGCAGCCUUCGUCUUCUUCACCGGAAUAACGUCUCAGUUUUACUAUGCUAACUAUUCCCGGGCUAGCAGAAAUGGUGCAGCAACCGGUGCCAAUGGGGCGGUUGGCUACACAUGAUCUGAGCAGCUCUCUUAUUUAGUCCAUCCCACUGGCAAACUUCUUUGAGUUGCAUAUAUAUAAUAAUUUCACAUGUUGUCAUAUCCUUUUACAUUGGGAGUGGCAUCAUAAUUCUUGUGAUCUCAUACCAUUGAAACUUGUUUCUUGUUUCCUUUCCUUCAUUGAGUUUAAGAAAUCAACUUAUGUUUUUUACAUUCUUCCUGUCAUAUUUUAGUUUUAUUCUCAUUGAGUUUAAGAAAUUAAUUUUUGUUACUGUAGAAACAAGGCCAUGUUCUAAAAGGCAUGUAAGAUUUAACAUAAUACUCGGCAAUACUCCCUAGUUACUGAAAGUUAA